AUGAGUGACGGAACAACAGUGUUCAUCGGAGGUCUGAGCGACCGAGCACGUGAUCGAGACAUUGAAGACUUCUUCUACAAGUACGGAAAGGUCACGCAGAUCCGUCUCCGGGAUCGAUACGGAUUCGUUGAUUUUGAUGAUCGACGAGACGCCGAGGACGCAAUCAAGGAUCUUGAUGGAAGCUCCCUCUGUGGCGAGCGAGUUCGACUUGAGCUUGCCAACCGCUCUCGAUCUCGACGAUCUGGCUCACGUGACCGAGGCGGCUACCGAGGUGGCCGUGACGAUCGACGGGGCUCCAAUCGCCCCCACCGAACUCGAUACACUCUCGAAGUCGAGAACUUGUCCAGCCGAAUCAGUUGGGCCGAUCUCAAGGACAUGAUGCGCAAGGCCGGCGAGGUCACCUACACCGACGCCCAUCAGAGAAUGGGUAAGAACAGAGGAGAAGUCUGCUUCGCUACAUCUGAUGAUCUUCACGCAGCUUUCAAAAAAUUCGACGGCGAAGAUGUCAACGGUCGACGACUUCGCUUGAAGAUCACUGAAGAUGGCUCCCAGAGCCGAUCCCGCUCUCGAUCGCGCUCUCGCUCUCGAGGACGUAGAUCGCGAUCACGAAGUGCUCCCAAACGAUCGCGCUCCCGAUCUCGUGGACGAAGAUCGCGUUCCCGCAGCGCCAAGCGCUCCCGAUCGCGAUCACCCGCGGCGCGACGACGAUCCCGCUCAGACUCUCGCGAUAGAGGUAGAGACACUGGCCGACGAGGUGGCUCUCGAUCGCGAUCCCGCUCCAGAUCUCGAUAA